AUGUCAGGAGCAGCAGCGUUAGCAAGAAGACGUGAUAAUUCAGCUGCCAAAGCAGCAUUGGCAAGACGGAGACAACGAGCAGCUCAAACCUUGCUUCCCAACAAUUCCAGCAGCAAUGCUCCUGGAAGUUCAAUGCCGCCACUGCCCAAAAAGCCUACUGCAAGCACCAGUAUCAAUACCAGCACCAGCACCAGCACGAAUACCAACACUAUUCCAGUCAAUAAACAAAGGGUCCGAUCAUCACCGUUACGAGGAUUUCAGUCCACAUCAACUGCUUCUGACCCCGCAGGUUCGUUUCAAUAUUUGUCACCCAACAAGCCAUCACGGGAACAGCAGCCAAAUCCGAAGUCAAGCAGCAGUUUAAAUGCCGUGGCCAGAAACAAUGCUACCAAUAAUCGACAAUCCAAGCCAUCUCCGACAAAUGUACAACAACGCGAUAGAAUGCAUUCCAAUGGAACUGCCACUACGGCUUCCAUGACGGUUGGAUCCACAACAGCAGCAGCAGCAGCAGCACCAAGAAUGACACCGCCUUCGAUCAACCGAACGAGUCGGCCUGCAACCACUAUACAACAACAACAACAACAACAACAACAACAACAACGAGGAAGCUCACCAUUACGAAGCAUGCCGUCGAGAUCACCUCAAACAGUCAUUCAUUACACGACACAACAAAAGGAAAAGGCAGCCACAGCUCCAAUGUCCAAGCAACGAAUGGCACCGAGUCCCAUUGAUACGUCAAACAAUACAAAUACCAACAUAUACACAGCAGUGGAGGCCGCUACUAGUACUCCUAGCAAUGCUUAUACUCGCCUAGCAACCAGAACGAGUAGUGCUGCGUUGAACGCACGGCUCAAAGCAAGAUAUCAGUCUCCCUCUCAUAAACAGCAAGGUCGGGAAUCGCCACCUGCAACUACUGCUGCUGCUGCUGCUAAUAAUAAUAAUGCUGUCAAUACUGCUCCUGUGAAGUCAACAAACGAAGGAGUGGCAGCAGCAAAAGAAACACUUCCUCCGUCUAAAGCUAAUCAUCAUCAUCGACCACCACCACCAGCUGUCACCACUAACAACAACAACAACAAGACGAUGCUGAAAGGUCAAACUCGUCAAUCGUCGCACUAUGUUCGUCCGCUGGCCAAACCACCAGUGGCCUUGAACAAACAUGUGGUACGCAAACCAACACCAACACCAACACCAGCAAUGAAGACAAGCUCUGGCACAACCUCAAAGUCAAGUGCGAAUGCGAAUAUUGGCAACAACCUUACCAUUAAUACUACACCUGCAACAACGACGACGGCAACAACAAUGACAAGCACUUCGAGAACAUUGGCAGCAUCACCAAGAAGAAGUGCUGUACGGGACCGCAUGCAUUCCAAUUCCAGCAAUGAAGAUAAUGAUGAAGCAAUGACACCAUCGGCUGCCAAUACUACACGGAGUGCAUUGAAACAACCACGGAUGCCGCCAACACCGUCCAAUAUUAUUCCAGUCAAUAAUCACAACAACAACAACAACAACAACAAUGAUAAUAAUACCACUGGGAAAACAGCAACUUCUCGAUCCACAAUCUCGCCAAGGCGUCAAGAACAAAUGAGUCAACGAUUGGCUCAGCGUGCCAUUGAUGCGAAUCGGCCAAAUGGUACGAAGCCAAAUGCAAAUGCAAAUGCAAAUGUAAAUAUCCAAGCGAAUAGGAAUGUGCAGUCACAGCAGCAAGCAAAACCACCACCAAGAGUGUCACCACCCAAAGAAUUUGGAAGCAUAUCUACAUUUUUGAUGAAUGACACUUCCAUACUGGAUACGAGCAACAAUAAUUUGUUGGACACGACACUGCCGCCUGUGGAAACGCCAACGCCAAGCAAUGGUGGUGGAAGUGGUGGAAGGUUUGCGUCGUCCAAGAAUGCUUCCAAGAACAUGUCCAAGAAUAAUGCUGCCGCUGCUGCUUCUGCUGUUGCACUGAACAAUAAGAGUAUCCUUUUGGAAGAUUUUCAUCAACAACCCGUUGCGACUUCUGGCUCAAGUACUUCCUGGAACUUGGAUGCCUCUUGUCUCACACAUCAUUCUGGAAUUAUGCUUCGAUCCUGUGCUACCAACACCACGAUUCAAAGAGAAAAAGAUUUGACGGAGGAUCAAGUGGAUGAUUCGGCGGUGGACUGCAGAGGACUGGGUUUGGGAAAACCAGAAGAAGCUUUGACCAUUGAUAAAUUGGAUGCUACUACUGGUUGUCCAGAAUUGCGACAUGGGGAUCUCAUUCGAAUCUUGGCAUCCUCACAACAUGCUUUGGGAGCAUACAAAAACGAACGAUAUGGAUUGGAACUCUUGUUUCUUCCCAUAUUUGCGUCGUCAGACAGAGAAGAUGAAGAAGAUACCUUUUGGCAAGUCUUUGUGGCGGAACCAGGAAAAAAGCUUUUGGUGGGAAAGGCGGCAGUCGACUCUUAUAAGACCAAUCAUCAUCAUCCUUCGACAAAGUUGGGGUUACCUGUUCGUGCUGGAGUUCCUAUAUUGUUGCGGCAUGUGACGACCGGGGGCGUAUUGUCCAUGUCCCAUCAUGGGUCAUUGACACUACUGACGGAUUCCUUUGGACAGUCACAAGCACAAGAGUCGUUGGAUCAAUUGCAACAUCAUGAUAAGCUAUUGCCUUGCAAAAGUCAGACAUUUCAAUUUAUUCCAUUUUCAUCUCCCCCAUGUCCACCAUGGGCUGUUGCGGGCGAUGGUGAGACGUCAAGUUGUGUUGGCGAGAGGCUGUUCAUGACUUCCUCCUACUUGUUGCAUCCAAAACGACGAGAGGCGGAAUUUGAAUCGCAAAUAGAACUGUCACCGCAAGAUCGAAUGGAAAUGACCUCCAAAGUAAGGGAGAAGAUUAUCAUUGAGGAAGUCAUUGGUUCAUUUUUGGGAUUGGAAGGACGACACAUUCGGAUGAAGCAACAGCAAAAGGGGGGUGCUGCUUCUCCAUCCUUUGGCUUUCAUUUGAGCGGAACCGACGGGAUCGACUUUGAAAUGAGUUUGCAUCAUUUGGUGGAACAGAUUCUGCCCAUGUCCACUUCAUAUAACCGAGUGCAGCACUUUGUCACGUCGCAUCAUCCAGGAUACGAUCACGGUCGAGUGAUGCAAGCCUUUUGUGAAGGGUUGGAUACCUUGUUGCAGGACUAUGUAGAUUUUGUGGUCCAAUUGGAACGCCAACAUCGCAACAACAGUGGUUCUGACUCGUUAUUGACCAUGAAGAAUAUUUUCUUUCAAAUAACUCCUACGUUGCACUCCAUGUCCAUCUUGGAACAUGCUACAAGGGCAGUGCGUGAUACCAAAGGUGGCGCUUUGAUCAAUGCACUUUGGUCCCUGGAACGACAAGUGUACAUGGGAGAUAUGGUCGCCAAAAAGGUAUUGGGCAUCCUACUGGAAAAUGCAUCCAUUCCAUAUCUUGACAUGAUGGCAGAAUGGCUCGAGUCGGGGAGACUGAAUGAUCCAUACAAAGAGUUUAUGGUGCAGCAAUCGUCGAGCGAAUUUGACGCAACUCAAUUCGAUGGUGAUGACUGGAUGGCCAUGUUCAGCAUUGAUGAAGACAAUAUUCUGGAGGGUGUCACAUCGGACGAAUGGACGAAGGAAAGGAUAAUGACAACUGGAAAGUACUGGAAUGCAGUUCAUGCGUGUCAAGUCGAUGUGGGUGCAUUUCUGGAUGGCAAUUCCCAAAAGAUCCCGAAGCUUCCUUUCAAUUCGGAUUCGUCUGCGAUUGUGGCCUAUAUUGAUUCCAUGUAUCAAAGCGCAUCAAGGGUUCUAGUGCUACUCAUGAAAGAAAAGUUUAUGCUUACAGAGUCGAUGGAUGUCAUGAAGCGGUACUUUUUGCUUGAUCAGGGUGACUUUGUCAUGAACUUUCUCGAUGUAGCGGAAGAUGAACUUCGAAAGAAAGCUAGUGAAGUUUCCGUCGGUCGAGUCCAAAACUGGCUGAAUGCUUCCAUUCAGCAGUCUGAGCAACACCGCAGAACUGGCGACGGCGAAGAAGAGAAGCGCCCUCUUGUUCCACAAGCACUCCGUUGUAGGUUUUCGGGCAAGAGUACAAUCGCUUAUCUGGAAAGUAGGUAUGGCACUCUGGCGGAUAGGAUGCCAUCGACUCCAUCUCGAACUGCCUACGGAGAGUCAAGCAGUGGUAACUCUGGAAUUGAGGUGUUUGUCAUUGAUUUUUCCUUCAUUCCGUUCCCAAUAUCGCUGGUCCUAUCACAUCAUGCCAUGGACAAGUACAAGCUUUUGUUCCGUCAUCUCCUAUUCACCAAACAUGUUGAACGACGUCUGAUUCGAGUUUGGCGAGAUCAUCAAAUCCUCAAGAAGCUAGGAGCUCUUCGAGGUUUGCUUGGGCCUACGUUCCUUUUGAGACAACAAAUGCUUCACUUUGUGCAAAACUUUCUGUACUACAUGUCGUUCGAAGUCAUUGAAAACAACUGGACCGAAAUGAUGACAGCCAUUGAAGCAAAUGAGACAAUUGAUAACCGACAGCAAACCGUUGAUGACAUUCUUCAAGUACACGAAGCAUUUUUGGAACGUACUCUUGAAGCAUGUCUACUUACGAAUCGAGAUUUGGUUCGUAGUCUGACAAAGCUCUUGAAUACCGUUUUGCUCUUUACAGACCAGAUGAAGCGAUUCAUGGACGCGACUCGUAUUUACGAUGAUUCGUCGAUCCUUGCUGCGGAAAAGCAAUUGACGGUUCAAAGGAAUCUCAAUGAACGACGUAUCACGCCUGGUCGAGGCAAGAAAAAGACAAUUCAUAUGGAACUCAUGUCCACGAAAAAGGAAAGGCAGGCUUUGAACGACCGUCAAACAAGGCGUGUCGGACGAGAAGUGAUCAGCGAAUCCUUCCAACGAAUGGUGGGACGAUUUGGAGAAGUAUUUAAUGCUGAUCUCUCUGAUUUUAUGAAAGAGUUGAAUCAGUAUACUGCGUCGGGUUUGGUCGCCAAUUUGGGAGUUCGACUGGACUACAAUGGUUACGUCACGUCAACAAUUAAGUGA